AUGGGGGCGGAGCUGUGGCGCGACGACAUGGCGGUGGAGGCGGAGAAGCCCAUCCGCGACUCCGUGGCGUUCCGGCUCGUCGAGCACGUGCUCCAGUCCUUGCGGAUGGAUCCGCUUCUGGUUGACCCAUAUGACAUGGAUCAAUAUAAUAAGAUGGUAAGCACUCUAGACACUAGCAAGAAAAAGACUCCUGAUGAAGAGGCUUUGUAUGUGACGACUUUGAAGGCAUUGUCAGAAGCAGUAUCCAAAAUAGACAUCACGUACCAUCAUUUGCUUUUGAACAAUAUAUUUACCGUCCGCAUCUGGUACUUGCAAAGAGAUACAUUGGAUGCUUUCUUAGACCUAAUAACCAGAUUGGCUGCAGUGGCAGAUCAGUAUCUCAGAGAAUGUUUGCAGAUGCUUGUGAACAACUUUACUCCGCCUCUUGUUCAACGCAAUGAGCUGCCUAGAUGGGCGGUUUCAAGGAAGAAGGAUAUUUUUUUUCAUCUGUGCGAGAGCUUGAAAACGAUCUCCAAUACUGUACCCUUAGCACCAAGGGUAUUAAGGGAUAUAAUAGAUCGGAGCAUGCCGAAGUUAUUUGAUAACAAAGCUGUUUUUAUGUCUUUGCAGAAGAUGGUCUCGUUUGUCGAAUGCAUGUUGGGGCUAGAUACUGACAGAAUGGGGGACCUUAUUGGGGCUACAUUGCUGGCAAAAGUUGUGGAUCUACUCACGGAGUUGGAUGUUAAUAUAACCUGGGAAGAUAUUAUUCAAGGGGAGCAUAACAAAGGUAUAUUUGAAAUGGAGCUUGAAGAUUUGGAUGAGGAUGAGGAUGGCCUUGGACAAGCGGGAACAAAGGUCCUUUUUGGAGGAAAUGCAUGUGCCGAAAAGCUUGACAGUUUAAUGGUUGUUGUAUGCGAGCACCUUAAGUCAUGUGCGGAGCGUGGGUAUCUAGAUAAGGAAUUUGACAUUCUGAAGACUAUAUUUCGAGCAUCUGUGCUGAGGGUGCACAGAUCAAAAUUUUGCCAGUUUAUCAUGUUCUAUGCCUGCUCACUGGAUCCUAAAAUCUGCGGUCUUGAAUUUGCUUUUUUUCUUACCGACAUUUUUUUGAACAAGGAAGAGGAUCCAAUUUCGAGAAUGUCUGCAGUUUCUUAUGUUGGAAGCUAUUUGUCUCGGGCAAGGUUUAUUUCCGCUGAUACGGUUCUUGGUAUACUCAAAAAAUUAUUGGACUGGUGCGAUGAAUAUUGUGUCCUUCAGAACAGAGGGACCACAGCCCAUCCGAAUCAUCAAAUAUUUUACGCGACCUGCCAGGCUGUGAUGUAUGUCCUUUGCUUUCGCUUGAGAUCUAUUAUGGAUUAUCCGAAUCUUAAAGCACAGCUUUUUCAAUUGUCUUUUGGAUUUAUCUUGAACCACCGACUGGAAGCUCUAAAGGUGUGCUUGCCGUCAAUAGUAAAUGAGUUCCUGAGACAGGCCAAGGAUGCCGGAUUGUUCGCUGCAUCCAUGUAUUCAGCAGCUGAAGAUGCAAUCGAAUCUGAUUUGUCCAGGGCUUUUGGAGGAAUCAAUAGACUUGACACCUUCUUCCCAUUUGAUCCUUACCUGCUAAAAGAAUCAGACAGAUAUAUCCGUCCGAAUUUUGAGUUCUGGUCCAUGGUCAAGACGACAUACAGCGACGACAAGGACGAUGACGAUGAUGAGCUGGAGGACCUUGAUGCCCCUGAAAUGAAGGUGGGCAGCUUGGACGAUCAUGUCGAAAUAGAUAUCAACAGCGACGACGACGAGCUGGAGUACUCGAUGAACAAGAUGUCUAUAACUCCGCACCGCUCUUUCUACCACGGGGUGGCCGCGGACGGCGAUGCUGGCCUCAGCAUGCCCGCGAGGAUCAGACCUUCGGCGAGCCCCCCGUCACGAUGGGCCAUGUCAGGAUCCCCGUAG